CACCCAACCGCGAUACUCGUAGAACGAGGAAAAUAAGAUAAUUAUAUAAAUACCCGCAUCAUAAUAUCUUGUGAUUAUUUGAUAAAGUGGUGUUCGAUACAAAGCAUUCAAAAUGCUAAAAAUAUUACCAUUCUUCAUACUAUUUGCGGUAGUUUUAUGUGAUAAUAUCGAUGUUAACGCGCUGAUAGACCAAAUUUUUGGACCUACAACUGCUAAGGUUACUCAAGAGACUAAGAAACCAGCAGAAAUAGUUAAAGAAAAUAAAACGUGCACAACACUUGAUGGGUUGGAAGGAGAAUGCAUUGCUUAUUAUCUCUGCAACGCUACCAACACUAGCACUGAUCCAAUAAUCGACCUCCGUUUCGUUGACAAUGCUUGUUCGUCGUACAUGGAUAUUUGCUGUCACAAAUCACAUCAAUUCUCUGAAGAACACUACAAAGCUUUAAUUAAACGAUCUCCAUUUAAUGAAAUGAAAGAAAAGAUGGCAGAAAAAGCUGCAGUGCAAGAUCCUAAACCACCUAUACCAGCUGAUACUAGUAAAGAUGACGUUUCAUGUAAGACAAGAGAUGGCAAACAAGGUAAAUGCGUACCCUACUAUCUCUGUAAUCCUACCAACGAUUCAGGCCAAGGUGAUGAAGAUCUCAGUGAUUACAAUUGUUCUUCUUACAUAGAAGUCUGUUGCAAAGAAGCGGAUACAUUAUCUCUAGAUCAUUUCAAGUCUAGACGUAAACGGUCCACUAACAAAAAUGUUAAAGAAAACCAAGUUUCUGGAAGUGCGAACACAACUACAGUUAAAAAUAAUUCACAGCAGGCUGAAAAAUUGCCAGUUCAAUCAAGUCAUGAAAUUUGUAAGACUGAGGAAGGUAAUCAAGGAGAAUGUGUCCCUUAUUAUUUAUGCAAUCCUAACAAUACCGCAAAUCGUGCAGGGCAGAUUGAUAUAGCAGCUGUCAGUGAACAUGUUUGUUCUUCGUAUACGGAUGUUUGUUGUGAGGAAGCUGACAGAUUAUCUUACGCACCAUUAGAACGCGAAGGUUGUGGAUGGGCGAACCCUGCUGGUCUAACCUUAACAAAUGAGCCAACUGAAGAAACAAGAUUUGGAGAAUUUCCCUGGAUGGUUGCUAUUUUUGAAAACAUUCCACUAUUUGAGAAUGAUCCAGAUAGUCCAAAGCUCAACAAAUACAUCGGCGGAGGCUCUCUUAUACACCCAAGUGUCGUUCUAACAGUAGCACACAACGUGCAUAAUAAAACAGAUAUUAAAAUCAGAGCAGGAGAAUGGGACACAAGAUCAGUGAAAGAACCGUACCCAUACCAAGACAGAGAUGUAGUUUCAAUUGAAAUUCAUAAGGACUUUAUAAAAAAAGUACUAUUCUACGACAUAGCUUUACUGUUUCUCGUUAGACCAGUAGAACUUGCUCCGAAUGUAGGAGUCGUAUGUUUGCCAGCACCGCGUGUUCAACAAGAGGACGGUACGCGUUGCCUAGCAACUGGUUGGGGUAAAGACAAGUUUGGCAAAGAAGGUCGUUACUCCACCGUACUUAAAAAAGUUGUUUUGCCUGUUGUAAGCCAUGAUAGAUGUGAGGAUUUACUUCGUAGGAAUACGUCUCUUGGAAAGUUAUUUAAUUUGCAUUCAACAUUUAUGUGCGCUGGUGGUGAGAAAGAUAAAGACACUUGUACUGGUGACGGUGGUAGCCCAUUAGCUUGUCCUGUGGACACAGAUCGGUUCGUUCAAAGUGCUAUGGUUGCUUGGGGUGUCGGCUGCGGGAAAGAUGGCGUCCCUGGCGUGUACGUGGAUGUGUCAACCCUAAGAGACUGGAUUGAUGACAAGGUUAUCGGCAAGGGCUAUGACCCUAAAAUUUAUACUUAUGUACAUAAAGGUUAAAUAACGAUGUGAUGAUUUAUUACCGAAAUUUUUGAAGAUGUGUUUUAUGACGAUCUUUGGUGUAAAAAAAUGUUUACUCAAACAGAUAAUUUGUAAAUGUUGUUUUGUGAUUUGUGCUAAAUGAAAAGUGAUCUUUGUAACUUUGUGCUUGUUGACUUAAUCAAAAAUAAAUUAAUUUUUGCCUUGAUUAAAUGAAUGCAUCAAAAUUAAAUCUCAUUAACUAAUUCUAUUCUCAGUUAAUGUUUUAAUAGUCAAUUUUAAGACAUAUAAGUAUGGUGUUUGAUGCAAAAAAUGUGAUGUCACAAAGUGCAAUCAAAGAAUAUGAUUUUUUCUAAUUUGGAAAAUAACGUAUUGAAUUUGUCUAAGAUGAAAAGUAUGUAGUAGGGAAUGUAUGAAAAUGAAUAUAAAUUUUAAUAUGUAUUGUAUUGCUAUAAGUAUGGCUACAAAAAUCAACUAUUAGUUUGUAAAAUGUAUUAUGUACUAUGUAGGUGUGUAUAGAAAUAAUAUUUGAAUGUAAAUUAUAACUGAAUACGAU